AUGCCGUCUUCUUCUGGCGACGCCAUGGACGUCUCCCCGUCCCACACGCCGCCCGCCAGCAAUACCUCUCCGUCUGCCCACAACGACUACGAUUCCAAGCCAAACGGCCGCUCCAACAAUUCGCCUCCCCAGGAUGGCUCCUCGUCCUCUGGCUCCAUGCCUGCUCCUCCGCCCUCGGCUGCCGGCGCCGCCCAGCAGCCCAAGAUUGUCCAGACGGCCUUCAUCCACAAGCUCUACAACAUGCUCGAGGACUCGACGAUUCAACACCUCAUCUCUUGGUCCGCUACCGCCGAAAGCUUCGUCAUGUCGCCCACGGCCGACUUCUCCAAAGUUCUCUCCCAAUAUUUCAAGCACACCAACAUCUCAUCUUUCGUGCGACAAUUGAACAUGUACGGGUUUCACAAAGAGCGAGACGUUUUCCACACCGGAAACCCCGACACCACCCUCUGGGAGUUCAAGCACGGCAAUGGAAACUUUAAGCGCGGCGACAUUGCCGGUUUGCGCGAAAUUAAGCGUCGCGCCAGCAAGCAGCUCGGCCCCAAAGAGAGCACAUACGUCAAGGCUAGUCCCUCACAGCCAGGCACUCCCGCCGAACCUGUCCAACUCCCCCCCGAGGGCACAGACGCCAGGCUCGCACAUCUAGAGCACAGCCUCUAUGACAUUGGCACACGACUGCACAGAAGCGAAGAGCAGUCGCAUUACAUGCAGCUUCGCAGUCAGGCUGCAAUGGAGACGGUUUCCAGACUGUUGCAGUUCAACCAGGAAAUGUCGCGCAUGCUGCUAUCCCUGGUACCUGUCGACAGCCCCACACACCGCGACGUGGUGGGCUUGCAAAAUGAGGUGCAACGGCAGGCCGAAUUCAUGCGCACUUUUGAAGAGCCGCCGGAACAGUCUUUUCCUGGAUCCAGAUCUUACCUUGGCAAUGUCGACAACGCCCCAGUAUCGCCGAGACAGCUGCCGCAGGACGACGGCCGUCGCGCUGCCCCUGGCAUUGCUCAGAUGCGCGGCCAGCCAUCCUACCGCCCACUGGUAUCGUCCAACCUCACGUCUGGCAGCCGUCGUUUUGGUUCCAUCGGAGGCAGCAGCCCGAAUCAGUCCUCGCCGCUGCGUAAUGCGGCGCCCGCACCACCGCCCGCCCCUCAUCUGCUGUCGGCCAACGAGCCGCCAGGCAUGGGUAUGGGCCGUCGACACACGGCCGCCGAUAUUCGAGCCCAUGGCUGGCAGGCCGGCCCGCCACCCUAUCCCUCGUCGAACCCGCCCUCGGCCCCGUGGCCCUCCUCACCUAACCGAGUCCCGCCCGAGGAUCAGCGCAUCCGUGAGUCGCUGUCAACCUACUCGCUGCAGGGCGCCUCGCACGGACACUCACGGUCGCGUCCGACAACGCCUCCCCCACCCACGGCCAAUGGCACAACCAACGGACACGACACAUUCGGCGGCUGGGGCUGGAAUUCCACCAGCAGCCGCGACGGCAGGGGCCCGUUGUUUAAGGACUCGUCGGCGCCGCCGACCAGACGAGGGAGCAUGGCGCAUAUUCUCAACCCAAGCAACGCUGAGAAUAGAUCGGACGAGGAUGAUGAUGUGCGGGGCGACGACGAUCGAAAGCGAAAGCGCAUGCAAUAA